CCCACUGCACAUGCAGGUUUAUCUUCUUCCUCCGAGUCCCCACCCAGCAGGCCACCGGUCUCCUUCGUUGCUUCCACUCGUUCUCUGUUUCUCCAUAUCUUCCUCUUAUCCGCGCCACCUACGUUCCCGCUCGAGAUGGGGGCAGAGCUGCUGCUGCUCGGCGGGAAGGUGUCCGCCGGCGCCGCGGCAGCAUCGGGCGCCUUUGCCGCCUCCUCGUCGGGAGCUGGACGCUGCGUGGCCGGCGGGCGGCGACUUGCGCCGGUGCAGCCGGCCGCGCUGCAAUGGCGGCAUAGUAGUCGCACUCGCACCACCACCGAUCAGAAGCCACCACGCCAACGCUGCGCCGCCGCCGAACUUUGGAGAGGAGACGCGGAGGACGGCAAGAUGGGAUUCGAGAAGGAGAUCCUGAAAGCCGGCACCGGCCCCAAGCCCGUCAAGGGCCAGAAGGUCACCGUCCACUGCACCGGCUACGGGAAGGACGGUGAUCUGUCUAAGAAGUUUUGGAGUACCAAGGACCCUGGGCAGCAGCCAUUCUCUUUCAACAUUGGUCUCGGUUCAGUAAUCAAAGGAUGGGAUGAGGGAGUCAUGGGCAUGCAAUUGGGUGAAGUCGCCCGUCUUACGUGCACCCCAGACUACGCUUAUGGAUCCGGUGGCUUUCCAGCCUGGGGAAUUCAACCAAACUCCGUGCUGAUAUUCGAGAUCGAAGUUCUUAGCGCCAAGUGAUGCGCAAUGCGAUUCAUGAUGGAUCUAUAGAACACUGCAGCAUCGCCAUGCCUCUCGAUUACCAAAAUAAUUGUAACGCCACUUCAUGUUAAGUGCCACAUUAUGGUGAUGUUCCAAGUGCAUUGAGUGAAACUUUGGAACCCUAUUA